UCUUGUGCUUUCUCCUCCUUUGCUUCCAGUUACCAUCCUAAAAGGAUCAGCUGAAGGCCACCAGUUGGAUCGAACAUCCUAAGAAGAAAGACUCACACCAGGCCAGAAUCAAGAGAAAAAGAUGAAGACUCUGACACUGCUGGUGUGCCUCUGUGCACUGAGUGCUUGCUUCUCACUCAGUGAAGGUCGAAAAAAGCCUUCAACACAUCACGAAAAGAAAAACGUCCAAAAACUUACAGAAGACCGCCAAUUACUACUGUAUCUAAAAUCUCCAACUCACUGGCAUAUGUUAACUAAAAAGUAUUUAAUUUUUCAUCCACACAAAAACUCAAAGCCUUCACAUCUAAAUAGGAGAAAGCCAAAGCCAAAGCGUCCCCCGCCAUCUAAGUGUCCAGUGAAAAGUAGCAGUGCGGAGAGUAACUCCUCAGAGGCUACCACCUCAGCGGCUACCACCUCAGCGGCUACCACUCAAAUCCCAUCUUUCAGUCCCACAUCUCCAGGUGUGACUCCACUUAUUGAUACAACCACAUCUGCAGGGCAAGGUAACAUGAGCUCCUCUGCAGCUACCCCAUCAUCACAACCUUCCCCAGCUUUGUCAGACACCACAGCUGCCCCCCCUACAUCUUCCCUACCUACACCAGCACCAGAACCUUCCUCAAUUCCACUGGGCACCACAACUGCCCAAAAUACCACACCUAAUCCUUCCCCAACCAGUUCUGCACCUGAAACUUCCCAAACUACAGCUGUACCCACAACUGAAACUACCACUCUGGCUACUACUCAAACUACUACUGUGGAACAAACAACCUCACCUUCCAGCCAAAGUCCAAAUUCUCAAUUCUGGCAAUAUAUUUAUGAGAUACUAAAGUACAUUUCUGGUGUUGCACCAAAGAAAUAGUACAUGAUACAUUAUGAAGUGUUCUGCUGUCAGAUAUGAUUUAUGAGUGCAGAACUACCACCUUUACUUUACCACCAAUCUCAAAGUGAAAUUACAAUAUUCCUCAAAUUUAAAGCACUAUCACUAAUCUUUGAAUCUAUUUACCUCACAUGACUUAUUAACGGGAAAAACAACCUCUAUCCCACAAAACAGGUGCAUAACCGUAAUUUAAGAUCAUUUUGUGGAACCUACAGAGAUAGCCCACUGAGGGGAGGGAAGAUAAUAGCUAAACAGCAAAAAUUAUAUGGAUUAGGAACUAUUUAUUUUUCCCUAAAUGUUGCAAACCUUAAGGUCACUACUCUGUACCUGAAGUGAGAACCCACCUGAAUUGUCUAAUCCCACAAAUAUAAAGGGAUAAAAUUAGGUCUCUCAAGUAAACAAAAACAUGUAAAUCUAGAUAGACCUAUCAUCGUGUUAUUAGAGACAAAAGUCCUUUAAACAAUCAUCUUAAAUCUUGAAAUCCAAUUCUAUCCCACAAAAUGUGAACCAAGGAGGAGG